AUGACGGCGGCGGACUUGGAGCAGUUGUACGAGGAGAUGGCGCAGGAGGAGCUGACGCAUCCGUUGGUGACGAGGACGGAAGACGGUGAAGUGGUGGCGACGCCGCCGUAUGUGGCGACGCCGCCGUACGUGGUGGCGAAGCCAGUGAAGCAGCCGGACGUGGCGGCGAAGCAGCCGGACGUGGCGACGAAGCAGCCGGACGUGGCGACGAAGCAGCCGGACGUGGCGACGAAGCAGCCGGACGUGGCGACGAAGCAGCCGGACGUGACGAAGGCGCAGGAGGAGCUGAAGCGGAUUGUGGAGAUUGAAGACGAUGGGACGAUUCGUAAGACCACCAUCGGCCCGGACCUAGCAGCCGGCCAAUCCUUCCACCACACCAUCAAACCCAACGUCUGGUUCGGGGCGUUCCCCACCCUUGAUUUCGACGCUGAUCUGAACCGGACGGCUCGAGAUGCGGGUUCAGCAGAUACGCAGUACAGUCUGGUUGGAUGCACUGUAGCGCCUGCUUUUGAGUUUGCAGAUUUCGAGUUGGCUAAUAGGGCGGAUCUGGUGGCCAAGUUUCCCCAUUUAGCCGACAUAAUCACUAUUUUGACCAGUCCAUAG